UGUGGGACUUAAGCCCAAACUCUAAUUUAUUCUGUAGGUGCUUAGCUGAAAUAGUCCCCUCCAGAGUGAUGUAAAGGACUGUGCAGGUAAAUCUCAUGAAUCUUGUUUUUUUAUUUAUUUUUUUGACAAACAGAUUGGCUGCUGCUCUGAUGAAGCCCACCUCCCGUCUUUCCCUCCACCAACAAUUUCUCCUUUUCUUCUUCUGCAGCUAUCCGCCUAAUUCCACCUCAGAAUGGAUGACUGUUUUCUUUAUUUCUGCCUGCCCAUGUUGAGCCGGGAGAUUAGAGCAAUCAGAUUAGGAGUGCUGCUGACCUGCAGGCAGAGCGAGCGAGCAGCUCUGAGUCUUUCGAAGCUCAUUUUGACUGCUUAAUGUUUCCACUACUUCAGCAUCUUUUCUUUUUCUUAUUUUUUUUUUUUUGGGAACCUGUUUCUCUCCUGAUGUUGUUUGACUUUAUCUUUUGAUAAAAGGUGCAUCACAGUUGGAUGACCCCCUCCAGGGGUUGAGCUGCAGAGCGAUGAACAGAGGCUCUCAGAUCCGCCUGUUACUGUGGAAAAACUGGACUCUCCGCAAAAGACAAAAGAUCCGCUUCCUGGUGGAGGUCUUCUGGCCGGUGUUGUUGUUCGUCGGGCUCGUGUGGUUGAGGAAGGCCAAUCCACUGUACCAACAACAUGAGUGUCACUUCCCCAACAAGGCCAUGCCUUCGGCAGGGAUUCUCCCCUGGAUCCAGGGAAUCUUUUGCAACGCCAACAACCCCUGCUUCAGAUAUCCAACCCCGGGAGAGUCCCCGGGCAUUGUUUCCAACUAUAACAACUCAGUGCUUGCACGGUUCUACGUGGACAUCCAGGAGCUUCUGUUCGAUCAGACGGAAGUUCAGCAGCUUGGCAGGCUUUGGCGUGACAUCACAUCCUUCUCUAACCUCAUGGAUACUUUACGCAACACCCCCUCUGUGGUUGCAGGCCGCGGCCUGAAAGUUGGUGACGUUCUGAAGGAUGACGAGGUUUUAACGGCUUUCCUGUUACGAGACGCCGGCCUCUCGGAGUCCGUGGUUCACCAGCUCGUAAACGCGCAGAUACGCCUGGAGCAGUUUGCGUUUGGAGUCCCAGACCUGCAGCUGAAGAACAUAGCAUGCAGCCAGGCUCUGCUGGAGCGUUUCAUCAUCUUCCCCAGUCGGAUGGGACUCCAUGGGGUGCGAAACGCCAUGUGUGCCCUCAGCCAGCAAAGGCUGCAGAAGAUAGAGGACAUCCUCUACGCCAACCUGGACUUUUUCAAGAUUUUUGAACUGCUGAUGAAACGGGAGAGUUCAAAGGAGCUCCUGAAGGUGGUGUCCUCUUUGUUCCGAGCCGGAGGUCCUUCCUCCUUCACCCAGCUGAUGUCCAGUGUGUCCAACCUGUUCUGCGGAUACCCAGAGGGAGGGGGGUCCAGGGUCCUGUCCUUCAACUGGUACGAGGACAACAACUAUAAGGUGUUUCUGGGGGUCAAUGGCAGCAAGAGUCACAACUACGUCUAUGACGACACCGUCACUCCCUUUUGCAAUUCCCUGAUGCAGGCCCUGGAGUCCAACCCCGUCACAAAGAUUGUGUGGAAUUCAGUCAAACCCCUGCUGAUGGGAAAGAUCCUGUACACGCCCGACUCCCCGGCCGCCCGCAAGAUAUUAAAGAGUGCCAACACUACAUUUGAGGAGGUGGAGAGGCUCCAGAACAUGGCCAAGGCCUGGGAGGAGGUGGGACCUCAGCUCUGGGCUUUCUUCCACCGCAGCGUUCAGAUGAACAUGAUCAGGGACACGCUGCGGAACCCAACAGUGAUGCAUUUCAUGGACAACAGUUUGGCUGACACGGACCUCACCACCAACCAUAUCCUUAACUUUCUGCACAACGGACCAGAUGACCAGAGGGAGGCGGGAAUGCCCAACUUUGACUGGAGGAACAUUUUUAACGUCACGGACCAGACUGUCCGCAUGCUCAACCAAUACGGGGAGUGCGUUAGUCUGGAUAAGUUUGUGGCCUACACGGAUGAGGCCCAGAUGAUCCAUCAGGCCUUGCACUUGCUAGAGGAGAACAAGUUUUGGGCCGGCGUGGUCUUCAUGGACAUGUACCCCUGGACCUCAACUGUCCCCCGGCACACCAAGUACAAGAUCCGGAUGGACAUCGAUGCGGUGGAGCGGACCAACAAAAUCAAAGACAGGUACUGGGAUCCUGGUCCCAGAGCGGAUCCCGUGGAGGACCAGCGAUACAUCUGGGGCGGCUUUGCUUACCUGCAGGACAUGAUUGAACACGGGAUCCUAAAACUCCACACAAGCAACGAUCGACCACUCGGGGUCUACGUCCAGCAGAUGCCGUAUCCGUGUUACGUGGACGACCUCUUUAUGAUCACCCUGAACCGCUGCUUCCCCAUGUUCAUGGUGCUGGCCUGGAUCUACUCCGUGUCCAUGACCGUGAAGAGCAUCGUGCUGGAGAAGGAGCUGCGCCUCAAAGAGACCCUCAAAGCCAUGGGGGUCGACAGCGGGGUCAUUUGGUACACCUGGUUCAUCGACAGCUUCAUCAUGAUGACUGCGAGCACGGCCCUGCUGACAGCCAUCAUAAUGGGCGGGAAAGUCCUGAAUUACAGCGACCCGCUCCUCGUCUUCUUCUUCCUGCUGACUUUCACCGUGGCCACCAUCAUGCAGUGCUUCCUGAUGAGUGUGUUCUUCAACAAGGCCAACCUGGCAGCCGCCUGCAGUGGAAUCAUCUACUUCACCCUCUAUCUGCCACACAUUCUUUGUUUCGCCUGGCAGGACCGCAUCACCACCAACAUCAAACUGGCAGCAAGCUUACUGUCUCCGGUGGCCUUUGGCUUCGGGACCGAGUACCUGUCGCGGUACGAGGAGCAGGGUUUGGGUCUGCAGUGGAACAACAUCCAGACCAGCCCGUUAGAAAAAGACACUUACUCCUUCCUCACCUCCAUCCUCAUGAUGGUGUUCGACGCUGUCCUCUACGCGAUCCUGGCCUGGUACCUGGACAACGUGUUCCCAGGACAGUACGGCAUCGGCCGGCCGGUCUACUUCCUGCUCCAGCCCUCAUAUUGGCAGAGACCAACCUCUUCACUAAGAGAAACGUCUGAUCAAGAUUCCAAGAAACCAGAACCAGGGAACCAGGAGUUGGAUGUUGAGAGCAGAACUACGCCAGAGACGUACGCCUGUAACGGUUCGGCCAGCAAGAAAACCUGCAAACACCAAAGUAAGAGGGAUCAACUGGAGCGGGAAAAGGAGCUGCUGAAGCUGCAAGAGGAGAGUCCAAACCAGGAAGUGGAGGGUCAGGAUCCUGGAACAGAAAGCCAGUUGUUCUUUGAGCCCGACCCUGUGGACCUGGUUCUGGGGGUUCAGAUUCAGAAUCUGGUGAAAGUGUUUGACAGAAGUGCUCGUCCAGCGGUGAACUGCCUCAGCAUCAACUUCUACGAGAAUCAGAUCACGUCCUUUUUAGGGCACAACGGAGCGGGGAAAACGACAACUCUAUCUAUCUUGACAGGUCUGUACCCCCCCACAUCUGGCACCGCCUUCAUCAAUGGGAAAAACAUUAAAACAGACAUUGACGUCAUCCGCACGUCCAUGGGGAUGUGUCCGCAGCACAACAUUCUCUUCAACCACCUCACGGUGGAAGAGCACAUCCUGUUCUACUCGCUGCUGAAGGGUCGGACUCAAGAGGAGGCGGAGCUAGAGGUGGAGAGCAUGCUGCUGGACCUGGGCCUGCCUCACAAGAGAGACGAGGAGGCUCAGAACCUCUCAGGUGGCAUGCAGAGGAAACUCUCUGUGGCCAUGGCGUUUGUGGGCGGGGCGAAGGUCGUCAUUCUGGAUGAACCGACCUCGGGCGUGGAUCCGUAUUCUAGAAGAUCCAUUUGGGACCUCCUGCUGAAAUACAGAACUGGGCGCACGGUGAUUCUGUCCACGCACCACAUGGACGAGGCCGACCUGCUGAGCGACCGCAUCGCCAUCAUCUCCAAAGGACAGCUGUACUGCUGCGGCUCCCCGCUCUUCCUCAAGAACUGCUUCGGCGUCGGUUUCUAUCUGACGCUCGUUCGCCGCAUGAAGGACCUCAGGAAGAGAGAGAACGAAUGCGACUGCGCCUCAGACUGCUCGUGUUCCUGCUCCAUCUGCACCAAAUACAAAGAUCAGUCUCAGAACCAGCUGCAGCAGCUGGACAGGGUUCUGGAUGGGGACGUGGACAGCAUCACCACACUCAUCCACCAUCACGUCCCUGAAGCGAAGCUGAUCGAGACCAUCGGACAGGAGCUGACCUACCUGCUGCCCAACAAAGGCUUCAAGCAUCGAGCCUAUGCCAGCCUGUUUCGGGAGCUGGAGGAGACGCUCUCAGACAUGGGGCUGAGCAGCUUCGGCAUCUCUGAUACGUCACUGGAGGAGAUAUUCCUAAAGGUCACAGCAGAAGGAGAAGCAGCAAAUAAUGCCACCACUGCUGAGCAGUGGAUGUUACAGGGAAGACAGAAUGGCAGCAGAGUUGGUGUAGGAGGAGACGAAGAACAAAACGGCGUGAACCACACACCUGACAGCAGUGCAGGAAAAGCCUCCAGGCAGGUGAAAGGUGUCGCUCUGACCCUGAAGCAGUUCCACGCUCUGCUGGUGAAGAGAUUCCACCACUCCAUGAGGAGCCAGAAGGACUUCCUGGCACAGAUUGUCCUUCCUGCCAGUUUUGUCUUCAUAUCUCUGAUCUUCACCCUGAUUGUUCCUCCGUUUGGAGAAUACCCCAGCCUGACUCUGACCCCGUGGAUGUACGGGCAGCAGUUCACCUUCUUCAGCAACGAGCAUCCAGCUGACCCCAGAAUGAAACACUUCAUAGAUCGGUUGUUAACCUGGCCCGGCCUGGGCACACGAUGCAUGGAGGGAGAACCGUUAGGGAUGCCCUGCAACGCCAGCAUCUCAGAGUGGGAGCAGCCCGACGUCUCCUCUGUGGUCCUGAACAUCCUACAGAGUCCUGAGUGGAACCAGCGGAACCCGUCACCUUCCUGCCAGUGCAGCACCGAUAAGAAGCUCACCAUGAUGCCCAUCUGUCCCAUCGGCGCUGGGGGCCUGCCCCCCCGGCAGCGAGUGGAGGCCACGGGAGACAUCAUGCUGGAUCUGACUGACCGGAACAUCUCGGACUUUCUGGUCAAAACUUAUCCCAGCCUCAUCAGAACCAGUUUGAAGAGUAAAUACUGGGUGAACGAACAAAGGUACGGUGGUCUCUCGGUUGGUGGACAACUUCCUGUCCUGGACCUGAACCUUCAAGACGUCCAGAGUGUUUUCUAUCAACUGGGACGAAUGCUCAACAUAACAGGGGGUCACUUCAGCAGACUUACACUGAGGGAGUUUGGUACAUUUUUGCGAUACAUGGAGAGUGAGUUUAAUGUAAAGGUAUGGUAUAAUAACAAAGGCUGGCACUCCAUGGUAGCCUUCAUGAAUGUGGCAAAUAAUGCAAUCCUGCGAGCCCACCUUCCUCCGUCUGCCAGACCUGUUGAGUUUGGGAUCACCGCCAUCAACCACCCACUGAAUCUGACAAAGGAGCAGCUUUCAGAAGUCACCGUGUUGACCACGUCCGUCGAUGCCGUGGUGGCAAUCUGUGUUAUUUUUGCCAUGUCCUUCAUCCCUGCCAGCUUUGUCCUCUACCUCAUUCAGGAGCGAGCGACCAAAGCCAAACACCUGCAGUUUGUCAGUGGGGUCAGUCCACUGGUUUACUGGGUGACCAACUUCUUCUGGGACAUGAUAAACUAUUCUGUCAGCACUGCCAUGGUGGUUGGUAUUUUCAUGGCUUUUGAUAAGAAAUGUUACACAUCUCAAACUAACCUGCCAGCACUAAUAGCUCUGCUGCUUCUGUACGGGUGGUCUGUGACACCCAUGAUGUACCCCAUGUCCUACAUCUUCAGUAUCCCGAGCACUGCCUACGUGUCCCUGUCCUGCAUCAACCUCUUCAUCGGCAUCAACAGCAGCGCCAUCACCUUCAUUCUGGAACUUUUUGAAAACAAUCGGUCUCUGCUGACGUUCAAUGAGUGGCUGAAGAAAUGCCUGCUGGUGUUCCCUCACUUCUGCCUGGGCCGCGGCCUCAUCGACAUGGCCAUGAAUCAGGCCGUCACCGAUGUUUACGCCAGGUUCGGUGAAGAGUACACAAUGGACCCUUUCCGGUGGGACUUUGUGGGGAAAAACAUUGCUUUCAUGGCGGUGGAAGGUUUUGUGUACUUCAUUCUCAAUCUCCUGAUCCAGUAUCGAUUCUUCUUGGACCAUUGGUUAUCGGACUACAAACAGGUUUCAGUGGAAGAUGAGGAUGAUGAUGUGGCAGCGGAGAGGCAGAGGAUUUACAACGGAGGGAGCAAGACGGACAUUCUGCAGAUCAGAGAUCUCUCUAAGACGUACGUGGGCAGAGAGAGGGCAGCUGUAGACCGGAUUUGUGUGGGAGUCCCUGCAGGAGAGUGCUUUGGUCUUCUGGGAGUAAAUGGGGCUGGAAAGACGACAACAUUUAAAAUGCUCACAGGUGAUGCUGAUGUCAGCUAUGGAGAAGCUACUGUGGCUGGCUACAGCAUCCUGACAGAGAUCCUCGACGUGCACCAAAACAUGGGCUACUGCCCCCAGUUUGAUGCCAUUGAUGAGCUCCUUACCGGCAGGGAGCAUCUCUACCUUUACGCUCGGCUCAGAGGGGUACCCGAGUCAGAGAUCCCCAGAGUGGCAGAGUGGGGCAUCCAGAAGCUGGGUCUGACAGAAUAUGCCGGCUGCUGUGCAGGGACGUACAGCGGAGGCAACAAACGCAAACUCUCUACAGCCAUCGCCAUGAUUGGCUGCCCAGCCCUGGUGCUCCUGGAUGAGCCCACGACGGGGAUGGACCCUCACUCUCGGCGCUUCCUGUGGAAGGCCAUCAUGAGUAUCAUCCAGGACGGCAGGGCCGUGGUGCUGACGUCACACAGUAUGGAGGAGUGUGAGGCUCUGUGCACUCGACUGGCCAUCAUGGUCAAUGGGACCUUCAAAUGUCUCGGGACCAUCCAGCAUCUCAAAUACAAAUUUGGUGAUGGCUACGUAGUGACCAUGAAAAUCAAGGCAGCUAAAGCAGGCUCGUCCCCGGAGCUGGAGCCCGUGGAGAGCUUCAUGGAGAACUCUUUCCCCGGCUGCGUUCAGCGGGAGAAACACUACAACACCCUGCAGUACGAAAUCGCCUCGUCCUCCCUGGCCAGGAUCUUUCAGCUGGUGGUGGCCAAUAAAGACAGGCUCAACAUCGAAGACUACUCUGUUUCCCAGACAACACUGGACCAGGUGUUUGUCAACUUUGCCAAGCAACAGACAGGCGAGGACGAAGACGUCACGUUACGCAGACGAAAAGCACGUUCAAGAAAAGACGUCAAGAUCUCGCCGGCAAGGAGAAAAACAUGAACCCCCUCAUCUCCGCUCAAACACACCAAUACAGAUGAUGACAGACUCUUUUCAUACGUUGCUUACCAACAGGUUUUUUUUUGUUAUUUUUUUGGACAUAGUAAGGCCGUUUACCUGCCAAAAAUGAUGGUUAGAGCCGCGAUUUUUACAGCUUCAAUCAAAUCUAAAAGCCUUUGGCUACAAAUGAGAUCCAUUUGCUCUGAUAUAUACAGUAUAUAUACUUAUGUGUCACUCUGAACAGCAGAGACAUGUAAACAGUGAGAAUGUCUGCUCAGACUGAUGGGUUGUAUAAACAUGUACAUACUGAAUGAGGAAUGAAUAUUUAAGCCCCUAGAGAGGAUUAUUAUUUUUUGUUCAAAUUACAAUGCAGUUUUAUUUUAUGUUUAAAUCAAUGCUGUCAAGCUGAAUGCAAACUGUGUUUACUACUGCUUCUGUUCUUUUGAGUCGUUACGCAUUAAAAUAUUUAUUUACCGCGUUUCGUACAUUA